UCUCACAUUUGCAGGAUCCAAGAUGUGACUUCAUCCAAGGUGCUGGUCCGAUCAUGGCCUCCAAACUGAGCGUGCUGCUGCUGUUCCUGGCUGUUGCCACGGUAUCUGUGCUGGCCCAGAGGCGACGCCCGGCGUCAACACCAACAUCAACCUCAACGAGCACGGACGAGUGGAACUUCAGGGAUGGCUCUGAGAGGGUGAACAUGCGUAACGUGGCCAACCUGACUCAGAUUCUGGACAACUGGAGGUUUGACAUCCUGAGCCAGAUGAGAGGACUCCUGCAGAACGACCACCAGUCUCUGCUGCCCGACUACGCCAGGAUCCAGCCUCUCUCUGAGGCUUUGGACGACCUCUACAAGGAGUUCAACGCCCUCAAAGCUCACCUGGGCGACCUGACCGAGAAGUUUUCUGCCAUAGAAACCUUCAUCGACGAGUUCAAGGCUGGAGGGGCCAACAACGCCAACGCUGGUCCUGCUUCCAAUCCCGUUCCCGCCACUGUCCCCAGACAGGUCGGGAGGAGGGUGGUGAAGAAGAAAGCCGUGACUUCCUCCUAACCAGCCAAUGACGCGCUUUGACUUUCCUAAAAUCUGCCUUCUUCUAUCUCUGUCUUGUUUGUCAUGUAUUUCAACUUAUAUGAGUAAGCUAACCCCUUUUUGAUUGUAUCAUUGUUUUGUUCUGUGUUUUAUUCUCAAUUUAAAAAACAAAAAAAUGUAAAACUAAGGGAUACACGCAUGCAGUAUGGACGUAAACUGUGUCCAAGAAUUGGAUGUAGCCUCAAAGACGAACAUGUUAAGCCACUGAGAAAGUGUCGUAAACCUGCAUUCUUUCUAGUGUCCAGCAGGGGGCGACUCCGCUGGCUGCAAAUAGAAGUCCAAACUCCUCACUGGAAGUUCGGCCUCAGCUGUUACUAACAUUUUAAACUGUUAUUUCACUUAAAAAGAUUAGCGUUGCAUCUGAUGUCAGUUGCUCAUAAUUAUGAAUUCACCUUGCUAACCAAGCUCGCAUUAGUAUUAGAUCAGAAUUUAUAAAAUUAUGUUUGCAGUUUUGACAAAAUGCAGUUUUUGUGCCUCAAAAAAGUCCAGAAAACUGUAUGCAUGUUCUGUUUUGGUCACCACCACCCAGCUAUAUUCGGUAUUUUCUGAGAUAAUUCCCUGGUAGAUAUUUUCUGUUCUUGCUCUCUUAUUACAGUAAUCGGUGUACACAAACUGGUUUUGUGCUAAAUUAACUGUUAAUUAAAAAAAUUGGAUGCAUAUUUUGCUAAAUUGAUCAGGCAAAGUUGCACCAUUAUUUUCUUGGCAAGGAUUUGUUGGAUUGCAUGCAGAAAAAACAUGAAAAUUUGACAGUUAAACUAAGUUUCUAAGUUUGUUUCACUCUGUUGGAAUUUUUAAACUCAACAUGUUUUCUAUUUUUUAAGUGAAAUGAUUUGAACGGUUUAAUCCCAGGGUACAUUAACUAUCUUGCAAAAACUCUAAAGUUUCUGAGGUUUGUUUCGACAGAUUUGCUGAAUCCUGUUCCUUCAAAUGUCCUGAUAAGCUAAGCUGGUGUACAAAAAACUUGUUCUGUUGGUUUUGAUGCUUUUUGGUUUGGGUUUACUGCUGCAUUGUAUGAGUUCCUAAUAAACUCACUUACUGCAUCCAAA